AUGAGUCGAGAAGUCAAGGUUGGCAGUGCUACCCGCGACGCCGGCAGCGCAGUUGCUGUCAAAGAGAUCAACAGACAUCCCAAAUUUGUCCAGAACAGCAAGCCCGAAUAUGACAUUGCUAUCCUCAGACUGAAGGAUGAUGUCAAAUUCACCGACUCGAUCAAGGCUAUUGGGCUGGCUAGCACAAGCCCUGCGGUUGGCACCAAGGGCCGUGUCUCUGGCUGGGGCCGAAAGGACGACGGCGUUGAUUCCACAACGCUCCGCGACGUAUAUGUGCCUGUCAUCUCCAACAAGGAUUGCCAAAAGUACGUUGAUGCCGAGGGCAUCACCAUCUCCAACCGGACAUUCUGCGCUCUGGAGACUGGAAAGGGUCCUUGCCAGGGAGAUAGCGGCGGCCCUUUUGCUGUUGACGGCAAGCUGGCCGGUAUUGUUUCUGGGGGCAACGAGUGCGGCGACGCCAAGAGCCCUAGCCAGUACACGGAUAUCGCUAAUAAGGACAUCCGAGACUGGAUUCGCGGGGUUAACGGAUUCUAG